UCAUGGAGCCUCCAGGUGAGAAGCUGGGAGAGGCUGACGGGCUGCACAUCACGCCCCAGCUGCUGAAGUUGCACACAGGCGAGUUUGCCCUGGAGUCCAUCCUGCUGCUGAAGCUGCGAGGCUUGGGGCUGGUGGACUUGGGCUGCCUGGGAGAGUGCCUGGGCCUCGAGUGGCUGGACUUGUCAGGCAAUGCACUCACCCAGCUGGGCCCACUGGCCUCCCUGCGCCAGCUGACCGUGCUCAAUGUUUCCAACAACCGGCUGACAGGGCUGGAGCCACUGGCAGCCUGCGGGAGCCUGCAGAGUCUCAAUGUAGCAGGUAACCUGCUGGCCACUCCUGGCCAGCUGCAGUGUCUGGCCGGGCUGCGAGGCCUGGAGCGCCUGCGGCUCCGGGACCCGUUGGCCCGGCUCAGCAACCCACUGUGUGCCAACCCCUCCUACUGGGCUGUGGUCCGAGAACUGCUGCCUGGCCUCAAAGUCAUCGACGGUGAGCGUGUCACAGGGCGUGGCAGUGAGCUCUACCAGUUGUGCCGAGACCUGGACAGCUCCUUGCUGCCCAGCUCUAGCCCAGGUCCCAGAGCCCCGGAAGCCCAGCCCUGGGUGGAGCCAGGAUAUUGGGAUGCCUGGCCCACCCAGAGCAGCUCCAUCCUGGAGGAGGCGUGCCGGCAGUUCCAGGACACGCUGCAGGAGUGCCAUGACCUGGACCGCCAGGCCAGUGACUGCCUGGCCCAGGCCGAGCAGGCCCUCAGUCCUGCAGGCACCACCUCUUCCUUUGUCUUCUGAAUGCUCCCCAUGGCUCCAGACAGCCUGCUAGACAGCCUCACUGUCCGGAUCUGCCUUCCCUGCCUCUGCACUUCCCCUGUUGCUGGUCACUGGUUCUGUACUGAAGGCAGCCCCUCUCCCACUCCCUCUCCCUCCCUCCAUGUCCUGCAAGGAGGCACCUCCAGAGCGGCCCUUAGCAGCCAUAAGGGCUCUCCGCAGGCAGCCAGCACAAGCAUCUUAAGACAGGCAGGCGAGGGUCUGCAGCUGCUCCAGACCAAGACUUCAUGGAAGGACUUAACUUCUCUUAAGACUACCAGUGACUAAAACAGAUGGACGGACAAGUCUCCCAUUGCUAGCAGAGAAUAUGCUUGGCGUCUACCCACCUUCCACAUCUGCCUGUCUGGAUGUCUGGGCUGUGGCCCCAUCCUGUGUUUCUCUGUUGUCACCCACUUGUCUCUACUAAACAGCUGUUUCUGUGUGCAUCACUGCCUGUCAUUCCACUUGGGCCAGCUUGGUCUUUGGGCUCCUCAAUCUCUACUCUCCCUGUCUAAGAGGAUCUUCUCACCCAACUUCUGCCCAGGCCCAGAUCCUGCUUCCUGGUGUCCAACAGGAGGGUCUUACACAUGUGCAUGCAAGUUUGUGCACACAGACACCUCGUCCCAAUGCUGCCUGCAGACAGAUAACGAGGGAACAGGGGCAACACAAAGAGUAGAGAGAACCAGCUUGGAG